ACAAAUUAUAUUUAAAUAAGAAAAUGGAAGGGAGAGAAGCAUUUCAUAUUAAAAGAAAAGGGCCAAAGUUUAGCAUAAAAUCUGGAUAUAAGAAGAAAACUCCAAUUCUCAAGACCAAAAAACUCGCCGGCCCCAUCCCUAAGGCUAACAAAGAAAUCAGCCAAAAGUUCAGCUAUGGAAUAGAAGGGUUUAACCAACAGAACAAGCUGGCAUUAAAUCUGUACACUAAUUAAGAAAGAAUAUGACCAAUAUGAGUUUGACAUAGAAGAAAGUAAAAAAGAUAUAAAAACUUAUAAACCGAAGAAUACGAAGAUUUUUAGUAAGGGAAAAUGUGGCCUCGAGGGGAUGGAAGAUUUAUAUGACAAGCUUGAUGGAGAGCGUGAAAGGCAAGAUCAGAGAGAAGAGUACACACAGGAGCUUUAUGAGAGAGUCCAGCAGUUAGAGCGUAUUGUUAAGGAUCGUGAUACUGAGAUUAAGAAAAUUAAGCAGCAAAAUCAGAGAUUGGUAAAAGAGAGAGAUCUUAUGAAAAAUAAAUUAAAAUAAGGCCAUGAAAGAAGAUAAGAAGACAUCUGGGGAAAAAGUUAAGCCUGAGAAAAAGAAGGAAGAAGCCUCUGAGCCUUUGAGGAAUAAUGAUGCUUUGCAGAGAAAUUUAUUUGAGAUGAUCUUAGGAAGUCAUAUGCAUGAAAACACUAUGCAACAAAAUUUGGGGCAACAACGUGAGCAAGAAAUGAUUGAAAAAGCGAUCCAAGAAAGUUUGAAGGAAAACCCAAACCCAGAUGUUAUGAAUUAUGAACAGCUACAAGAGCUUGAAGAAAGAAUGGGUAGUGUAUCUAAAGGAUUUACUGAUAUUCAGAUUGCUACAAUUCCAUAUACAAUUGCUAGCUCUAGCGGAGAAGGUUGCUCUGUAUGCUUAGAGGAAAUCAGACCUGGUGAUAAACUUAAAAGACUUAGUUGCAGCCAUGAAUUUCAUAGCAACUGCAUUAACCAAUGUUUCAAGACCACCAAGAAAUGCCCUUAUUGAAUGGAAGAGCAUCAACUAAUGCCAUUUUAAUAUGCUAUU